CAGAAGUACGAGUGUACACCGAUGACUCGUUCAGCCCAGGUCCAUAUCACGCAUUCAGUCCAAAGUACAAACCAUGGCAAAGCCGAAAACCUCUCCGCCUCUUUUCACUGAAUCCUCAAAUUUCAGACGAUUUUAGCAUAAACAUCUGCUCCCCAUCCCCAAAAACCUCCAAUUCAAUCUGCGAAACAAGAGCAAAAUUUCGAGAAAGUUAUGAGGGAGGAGCAAAUAGAGAAGCUCCGGGGCGUGGUCCGCGACUGCGUGAGCAAGCAUCUGUACUCGUCGGCGAUCUUUUUUGCCGACAAGGUGGCGGCGGUCACGGCGGACCCCGCCGACAUUUACAUGCAGGCGCAGGCGCUCUACCUCGGCCGUCACUACCGCCGUGCCUUCCACCUCCUAAAUGCCUCCCAAAUUGUCCUCCGCGACCUCCGCUUCCGCUACCUUGCAGCUAAAUGCCUAGAAGAAUUAAAGGAGUGGGAUCAAUGCCUAUUAAUGCUUGGUGAUGCAAAAGUGGAUGAAAAUGGUAACAUUACAGACUCAAAGGAUUUCAAUAGUAUGUACCUCGAUAAAGAUGGUGAAGAUCGUGAAAUCAAUAUUAUAUCAGCAAUAUGCUUUCUGAGAGGCAAAGCAUACGAGGCCCUGGAAAAUCGUUCACAGGCUCGGUUAUGGUACAAAGCUGCAAUUCAAGCAGAUCCUUUGUGUUACGAGUAUGAUAAAGAAAAUGUUGUUGAAAACAAGUUUAAAGAGCUCGAGCUGGAAGUUUCUGAUACAAAGACUUCUGGAAAAUCAUUAUGUUCACUGAAGAACAAUACUGAUCUCUUAGCCUGCAAAGCUGAGUACUACCAUCAGUGUGGUGAAUACCAGAAAUGUUUUGAACUAACUUCGGUAUUGCUCGAGAAAGACCCUUUCCACCUAAAGUGCACUUUGGUGCAUUUAGCUGCAGCCAUGGAGCUUGGACAUUCGAAUGAACUCUAUCUAAUGGCAUGCAAUUUAGUCAAGGAUUAUCCACAAAACAAGGCAACAAGUUUAGAUGGAACGUUCGCUCCGGGUUGGAUUGGCUGUGGGAAUGCAUACACAGCUCAAGAAGAAGGAGAUCAAGCCAUGUCGGCUUACCGUACCGCUGCUCGAUUAUUUCCUGGAUGCCAUUUGCCAACUCUAUACAUUGGGAUGGAAUAUAUGCGAACCCAUAGCUUCAAACUUGCUGAGCAGUUUUUCAUGCAGGCUCAAGCUGUAUGUCCUGCAGAUCCACUUGUGUAUAAUGAGCUUGGAGUUGUGGCUUAUCACAUGAAAGAGUAUAAGAAGGCUGUUUGGUGGUUCGAGAAGACAUUAGCUCACGUACCCUCCUCUUUAACUGAGAUGUGGGAACCAACUGUAGUCAACCUUGCUCACGCAUUGAGAAAACUAAAGAGGUACAAUGAGGCAAUCAUAUACUAUGAGAAAGCACUGGCUUUAUCAACUAGAAGCUUGAGCACAUAUGCAGGUCUUGCAUACACAUAUCAUCUGCAGGGUAAUUAUACAGCUGCAAUUACACACUAUCACAAGGCUUUAUGGAUCAAAGCGGACGAUCAAUUUUGUACAGAAAUGCUGACAUGGGCUCUUGAAGACGAAUGCCAUGAUGGCGUAAACCCCAAAGUAGAGUCAGUGAGAAGCCAGUUAUUUACAUAAAUGAAAUGCAAUUUUGCAUGUUAUUUAAGUUGUGUUGUAAUCUGUUCGAAAGAUAGUAAGAUAUAGCGCUAGGUCGUAUUCAAUUGUUGUAUCAUUUUUAUUUAUUUUUUUUGGUAGCAGUUCCAUGAUGACUUGUGCAUAUUUUAGUUAAAUCUGGACAUAUCUAUGACCAUCUCUACCUCAGCAAGGCAAAUAGAUGAAGAAGUUGAUUUCUUUUGGACUGGAAAUUUGUAUUUGUUCUAAGUUAAAACGAUUUCUGCUUGUCAACCUUUGUAAUGCUGAGGAUCAGUUCAGUAUAUCAAAUGAAACUAUCAGCAAAAAAAUAAAUGUCCAAGAUACCCAUACAAUCAGUCGAGUUUCUAUCAGUAUUUAGUUCAGUUCAGACUGAAAUCGUUCGCGAGUUGGUGGAAAGUCACCAAUGUAGGAAGGAAGCAUUUAAUAUACUUCUAAGUUCUAAGGGAAAAGCUUUAGGUGUAAUCUCUAUACUAUUAAGCUGGUCAAUCAUCUUCAUUGCCUGCAAAAAGUUUUAUGUCAAUCUCUCUUUCUCCGAGCUGUAUCGACAACGUACGCAUUCAGAUGCUGCCCAAAAAUCUUUGUAGAAAAUAACUGCACGACAUGUUGUCGGGCUUCCCGGCCCAUGGUUCUUGACAUUUGAGGAUCCCGAAUAAAAUUAGCCAUAGCCAUGGAGAAAUCUUGUGGGCUAGGGUCACAAAGGUAGCCCGUAAUUCCGUGCUUUAUUGUCUCAACCGGGCCCCCACUGUUGCAUGCGAUGACGGGCUUGUGAGCUGCCAUUGCUUCUAAAGGCUAAUGCAAUCUGAGACCUGUGGUGUAUAGAGCACGCAAAGACAUUGUGAAAGAAGAGUAUUUCUUUCGGUUGUGGGACACGAUGUGAUGAAUUGGACUUGGUUAGUUACGCCUUCUCGUUUGGCCAAAGCUUUCAAUUCAUUGAGAUACUCUACAUUCUCUCGGAGCCGUCUAUCAUAGCCACCUGACAAACAAAAGAAAUCCCGUCUUUGCUGUCACCUUCAAGAAAACCCUGUUGGCUGUUGCAGAGCAUUGCAAAUGCAGAUAUAGCUAAUUCUAUAUUCUUUUUCCUUUCAAAACGGUUAAUGGACAGAAAACUCAACUUAGUAGUAGCAUUAGGUUCAUCAAACUGAUCCACAUUGACGGCUGGAUAGAGCACGGCUGGCCUAAUCCCUCGUGAAUUUAAAUGCUUGAAAGUCUUCGCGAAAGUAGAUGCUGUAAACUUACUGUUUACAAGAAUCAAAUCGGCCAUACCUACAGUUAUUUCUUCCAAAAAGUCUAUAGGUUUCCGGUAGAUUCUCCUAAGAAUAGUCGUAUGUUGAGCCAACAACAGGUCUGGAAAAUGGCAGUAAAAGUUAACCUUUGACAGCUUUUUCAUCUUCAUCAGUGGGAUUACGACUGAGACCUGAUCGGCUAUCACAACAUCGAACGAAGGAUAACAAAACAGCACACAGAGAGCAACAAAUAUACACCGUAAAUAUGCACACACUGCAUGGAGACGGUAAAAGAUAUGCCGAGGCAGGAAAGCACCAUAAACCGUGACAGGAAAAGUACCUACACAGACUGUCUCCUCAAAGCAACGCGUUUUGUCAUGGUGUGACGUAAAUAUAUGAACAUUAUGGCCCUUGGACGAGAGUUCUACAGCUGCAUCAACAAUUAACCUUUCUGCUCCACCUAUCCCAAGAUCAGGGUGGAUAAUUGCAAUGUUCAACUUAGAGCUGUCUUUAUCCUCCAUGACAGCUUCUGGGUUUCACCUUCACCUUCUUCUUCUUCUUCUUCUUGAAUGUUAAGCUUUCAGUUUUCUUCUCUAUUUCGAUCAAAUUUUUCUAUAAAAAGGGAAAAUACAAAAAAUAAAUAGCGAGUAAAGCAGGCAAUGUACUUGUGUCAGAACCAAUCAUCUUUCAAGAAGCGUCCACGUCAGACGUAGACCAGAACAGCUGAUCUGAGAGAAAUCACAGUAGCUAGUGAUUUAGAUUUCUUUCUUUAAUCUCAGUAAUAAUUGCGGAUCAAGGAAAUGGAGAACAUAUGUAUUGAACAAGAAACAGCUAGUAAAAUUUGCAAAUUAGCUCAAGAAAUUAAUGGAUAAAUUCGUGCCGAGGGAAGAAAUACAGGACGGCUGAAAUUAGGGCAAAAUUCAUAC